AUGCAGGCAGCCCUCUCCACCCGCCUGGCCGCCCCGGCAGCCGGCCCGCGCAGCUACGGCAGCAGCGACGCCCGCCCCGCCGCUUGCCGGUGCCUUGGACAGGCACCGCGCCGCCCCGCAGCAGCGCGCAGCAGCCGCUCGCUCAUAGUGACAGCCUCACGGCAGCAAGCCGAGUUCCGUGGCAGCCAGCAGCCCACCAGUCUAGUCCGCUCCGCCUCGUCUGAGCUGGAUGCGCGCGCGCCCUUCCUGGACCCCUUCCUGCGCACCUUCUUCCUUGGUGUGGGCAUGGGCGCGCUGCUGGAGGGCGGCCACGUGGCGCUGCAGGUGCUGAGCGGCACCUUCCCCGGCACCUCCCACUUUGCGCCGCUGCUCUUUGCCGACCACGUCACCGCGCUCGCCUCCUGGAUCGGCCUGUACGCAGUCGAGGCGGCAGCUGUGAUGGCGGUGCUCAAGAGGUUCAACUAUGACCCCCGCGCCGCCGCCCGUGACAUUGCCGGCCUGAUGACGCCUUCCAAGAAGAUGCUGCCGCUGCGGCUCACGCUGUUCAAGCAAUUCUUCGCCGCUGGCGCUAAGCUGGCUGCCCCCUCAUCUGCCCUUGCCGGAUCUGCUGGUGCCUUGCCCCAGACGCCCUCCGACCGCGUGGUGCAGCCCCCGACCAAGGCCCGCGGCGCCAACAGCGUGGUGCCCGCACCGCCCAGCCGCCGCCCGACGGGGCUGCCGCCGCUGCCAGAAAUCGAGGACCCUGAGAAGGCCGCCAUUGCCAAGCGCCUGAAGGAGCUGCGCGACCGCGAGGGGUACCUGAAGAACAUGUGGUAUGCAGCAGCCCUGAGCAGCAACGUGGGCAAGGAGCCUGUGAAGACGCUGCUGUGCGGCAAGGAGAUGGUGCUGUUCAGGCAAGGGGCUGGCUGGGAUGAGCAGGGCAAGGUGCACGCCAUUGACAACACAUGCCCCCACAGGGGUGCACCCCUGAGCGAGGGCUGGGUGGAGCACAAGAAUGGCCACUCCUGCGUGGUGUGCCCAUACCACGGCUGGGCGAUGGACGGCGAGGGGCACCUGCAGGAUGUGCCGGCUGCUGCCAACAAGGGCGAGUGGCCCAAGCGGCCCAUCGUGGACUCCUGGCCAGUGGAGGAGAAGGGCGGCUUUGUGUGGCUGUUCUACGGCUCCAAGGCGCUGCCUGCCGACGCCCGCCCACCCAUCCCCUAUUCCAAGCCCGAGAUCCGCGACAUGAGCACCACCACCGAUGAGCACUCCAUCACCGCCACCUUCACCGUGUACAACAAGCCCGUCAACGCAUUCUGGGCGCUCUUCCAAGUGCCUGAGGUGCACGUCACCGCCAAGGCCUUCCUCCCCUCCACCUCCCUGGUCACCUUUGAGCUGGGCAACGGCCUCAACUUCACCACCUUUGUCUCCACCUGCCCCAUCUCGGCCAACAAGACCGUCAACCGCUUUGCCCUGGUGCGUAAGCUGUCGUCCGACAAGACCGGCAUCUUCAACUCGCGACUGUGGGAUGGCAUGGCGCGCAGUGCCAUGCUGAAGAUCCAGCGGGAGGACAAGGAGAUGGUGGAGCAGCUCAAGUAUGACCAGUUGCCAGCCGAGUACAGCGUGCGCGCCGACCUGCCGCAGAUCAUGUUCCGCAAGCUGCGCCAGCAGUAUGUGGACAUGGGCUAUGGCGUGCCCAGCGAGCAGCGCGUGGCGCCCUUUGCCUCCAACCCCAUGCGGGACCAAUGA